UGAAAAUAGAUGCAUCUUUCAUGCCAUACAUUUCUUGAGCUUAAAGCUACCUAGGUAUUCAGUCGCAAAUUUAUAACCACCGUUGUAUGGACCAUCACCAAGGAAGCUUUAACAAUGGAGCCUUCAAUGCGCCUGGCAGCCUCUAAUACUUGCCGGACAUGUAUAAGGCUCUCCGCAGCCAAUACAACCCGUCCGCCUAUGACAAGGUCAUUCUGUAAAGCUACAUCUUCACGGUCACUACAACAGGCUUGCUCUCCUAGUCCGAUUAUACAUUCGCGGCGUCCUGUCCCGUCUGCUGAGGCUAGGAAAUGUCUCUCAAGACCUGUAUCUCUAUUUGGCCGGCAGUCAAAAACAGUCGAGGACGAUGCAGUUGCUCUAGGACCAGCCACAACGUACGAGAACCAAUCGAAGCCUCCGGUCCUCCGCCCUGACGACCUUUUCCAUUCUUUCACCAACUCGCCCAUUCCCGAAAUACGCCACCGUGCUGCUUUUAUAAGGCAACACGCCCAUUGUCCUCACCCCGACCAUCAACCCACGCGAGAUCCAGCCAGUACCAAUACCCCGCCUAGCGUUACAGGUUCCGGUGCGCAAGCACCAGCCCUCGUCGACUUUGAAUGUCCGGACUGUGGAAUCCCCGUUUAUUGUAGUGAGAAGCACUGGGCCGAGGAUUAUGAGGCUCAUCUUCAAAUUUGCGACACGUUACGACAGAUCAAUGAAGAUGACCACGAUCUUCGCUCGGGGAGAUUCUUCCCCGAAUUCGAGUACGCAGGCCCUCAGAUGGAAGAAGCCGCUGUAAAUAUGAUCAAUUGGGACACCUUUCUCUAUACGAGGCAAUUCGAAGCUAUCAACGAUGACCGGAACAUGCGGCAGGUUACGAGGCUACUUACCUACCCGAUAACGAUAGGUAGCAUCUUACACGAACUUAGCCCAUAUAAUAUUAGGAAAGGUGGCAGGCUCACGGUGGAAGGCUUGAAAAGCUUAAGCGCUCUACGAUAUACUUUACAUCCACCCCGGACGGGCGGCGGAGAAACAAUCAAGGGCUUGCGACCCGAAGCACCUCCAGUAAGAAUAUUUAUUCUCGGGGCUCGUGCGGAAUCAUCUCUACCUCGGAAUGUCUGGGUACAGUUGGCUCACCUAUUCCCUCGAGGGAAGUUUCACCUUAUCUUCAUUGGACCCGAGAGCAUGACCAACAGAGACGAUGAAUUUCCAUUGCCACCCCGAACUCCAUCCAAUCCCUUCGGUGCCAUAGUAGAAGACCGGGUGUGGCCGACAAUGAAAAUUAGCACCAUUGUGGAUUACUAUCAUACUCUCCAUAGGACUGGCCAGUUUUACCCCUAUGAUCCGUAUUUUGACUGUUUUGUCAUGUUCCAUCCAGGAUUAGGACACCCAGCCAGCUCUCACGAGUGGACAGAAACGGUACCUCUACUCCUUGAGACAAAGGCCCCUGUUAUAGUAACCGGCUACACGCAGUAUGACAUGGACAGAGAUAUUGAAUGGGUAAAGAAAACUUGCGGUGGCGAGUUUGACAUGCUCAUGGAACCUGGCGAGAACAUCUUCAGGAGUUUGCGAUGGGAUCUCAAUGACCUUGAUCCACAAGAUAUCAGCUGUGGUAACUGGGGGGUGUGGGCGUUCCGAGGAAAGAGAUACGAAGCAACAACGAAAAGCGCCGAAUGAGGUGUGGCCUUGUACAAUCAUUAAUGUAUAUGACCAUAGAAGUGCGGUACUAGAGGACUGCGGCCAUGUUUAUAAGGAACCACAUCACUCCGUGCAAAUAAAUCGGGUUGUAUUAAAUUUAGGUAGGUAUAACAAACCACCAUAAUGAAGUGAAAUAUACAAGUAAACAAUGAAAAAUAUAAUUGAAUUCUGGAGAGUCAGAUAUUUCGUAAUAGAUACGAGCUUAAUAACUUGGUAAGUAUUAUCAAUUAUCAACAUGUACGUACGUUAGUAUGUAUAAAUGAGGCUCAACAACUAGGAAAAGUAGCAUGGCUAUCCUUGCGCCGAUAUAGUAGAUGCAAGUCAGGAAGCGAUGUACCCUGAAGGCCUGUGCUUCUUGCGAAGAGGCCUAUGCAGGCUCCGGAGCGCGCCGCUCUGCCGCUGUACAUUAGGUACCUACCUAAGGUAGCUUAAUCUAGGUACCUAAUCCGCUAACGUCAUUGCAGGUGGCACAGGCUGCCGCACAGUUGCAGGAUGCAGCAUCCCCUAAAGAAAGAAAAAAUGGGACAAGGAAACUGAUAGCGAAGAAUAUUAUCGUUCCUGCAGCAGCAAACGGGCAGCAAACGGGCAGCAAACCAACGGGCAGCAACUAGCGCGAUAACUACCUAUAACCACCCAAACCACUUCCGAACCGCUUGCAACCCACUCUACGGCCGU